UUUUGUACAAAGUACUUCCGGUGGGGUCACCGACUAGCUUUUGGGAGCGAAAUGUUUCUAGCCGUUACUAACGUCUCUUAUUUCCAAGUGAACUCGUUCUUGUGCUAAUCAAUUUUCUAUAAAUAGUUAUAAUUACCGGUGGCUCUUCCUAACCGCUCUCACUACACGACUUUACGACAGGUUUAGACGAGAGGGAGGUAAAAAAAAGAGGAAGCAAUAGCCGACCAUCUUUAUUCUUCUGCCAGCAAUAACAAGAAAGCGACGAGGCUAGACCCGAGUAGCACCGAGUACUUUGUUAUUAUUUGUCUUGUUUAUUUGGGUUAGCGACACUGAGUGAAACCUGCUAGAGGCAGACAAAAGCUCCCGGACGAACGUUCGCCCUCCGCCGACAAGUCUGGAAGUUUCGGAUCAGAAGACAGGCUGUGAAGAAUCAGUAUUCCCGUUUUUCAUGUUUCCAACAGGUUUAUCUUCCCCUAAUCCCCCACCACCGCCAACCCAGGAGGCUAAACCUGCGGAUGUCAAAAACGACAGCGGUAACAUCACAUCGACGAAGAAGAGGAAAAUUAACGGCUCCGAGAGGGAAGACACUAGUGACACAAUCUCAUCUUCGCCUCCCAAGACCCUGAAUUCCUCCUCCUCUUGCUCCCCCACUUCGCUGCACAUUCAGAAGAAGUUGAGGUUUGAGGAUUCAGUGGAUUUCAUUGGACUGGAUGUGAAAAUGGCUGAGGAGGCUGCCGCCGCCGCUGCUUCGUGCUCCAACAACAAAAGCAAAGCCAUGUUCCUGGCUGGCGGCGUGGGGCACCACGCUAACGGACUGACCAAAACCGCAGGAUCCGCCACCUUCUCCAGCAGUAAACCCGGUGCUGCCAAGAAAUUAGUCAUCAAAAACUUCAGAGAAAAGCCCAAAUUGCCCGAAAACUACACACAGGAGACCUGGCAAAAGCUAAAAGAGGCGGUGGAGGCGAUACAGAACAGCACAUCAAUCAAGUACAAUCUAGAGGAGCUCUACCAGGCCGUGGAAAACCUCUGCUCCCACAAGAUAUCCGCCAAACUUUACAAACAGCUGAGGGCCGUGUGUGAGGACCACAUCAAGGCACAGAUCAAUCAGUUCAGAGAGGAUGCCCUGGAUAGCGUGCUUUUCCUAAAGAAAAUUGACAAGUGCUGGCAAGAUCACUGCAGACAAAUGAUUAUGAUUAGGAGUAUAUUUUUGUUUUUGGAUCGCACCUACGUUUUACAAAAUUCAAUGCUGCCAUCAAUCUGGGACAUGGGCCUGGAGCUGUUCAGGUUCUACAUCAUCAGCGAUCUGAAGGUCCAGAGCAAAACCAUAGAUGGGAUCCUGCUGCUGAUCGAGAGGGAGCGAAAUGGAGAGGCCAUAGACCGCAGCCUCCUGAGGAGCCUGCUGAGCAUGCUCUCUGACCUUCAGAUUUAUCAGGACUCCUUUGAACUGCGCUUCUUGGAGGAAACGAAUCGCUUGUAUGCUGCAGAGGGACAGAGACUGAUGCAGGAAAGAGAGAUGCCAGAAUAUCUCCAUCAUGUCAACAAACGCUUGGAAGAGGAGGCUGACAGAGUAAUCACAUAUCUGGACCAGAGCACACAGAAAGCGCUCAUUGCUACAGUGGAGAAGCAGCUGCUCGGUGAACAUCUCACUGCUGUUCUACAGAAAGGGCUGACUCACCUGCUGGACGAGAACAGAAUUCAGGAUCUGUCUCUUCUCUAUCAACUCUUCAGUCGAGUGCGAGGUGGCGUUCAGGUGCUCCUGCAGCAGUGGAUUGAAUACAUAAAGGCAUUUGGAAGCACAAUCGUAAUCAACCCGGAAAAAGACAAAACAAUGGUGCAAGAGCUGCUGGACUUCAAAGACAAGGUGGAUCACAUCAUCGAUGUGUGUUUCUUAAAAAAUGAGAAGUUUGUCAAUGCCAUGAAGGAAGCUUUUGAGACGUUCAUCAACAAAAGGCCAAAUAAACCAGCAGAACUUAUUGCAAAACAUGUGGAUUCAAAGCUGAGGGCAGGAAACAAAGAGGCAACAGACGAGGAACUUGAGAAGAUGCUGGAUAAGAUCAUGAUUAUCUUUAGAUUUAUCUAUGGAAAGGAUGUCUUUGAGGCGUUUUACAAAAAGGAUCUGGCCAAGAGGCUGCUGGUUGGAAAAAGUGCCUCGGUGGAUGCUGAAAAAUCAAUGUUGUCAAAGCUGAAACAUGAAUGUGGAGCAGCGUUCACCAGUAAACUGGAGGGAAUGUUCAAGGACAUGGAGCUUUCUAAAGACAUAAUGGUGCAGUUCAAGCAGCACAUUCAGUGCCAAAACAUUCCUGGCAACAUCGAGCUGACCGUGAACAUCCUCACUAUGGGUUACUGGCCAACGUAUGUCCCGAUGGAGGUCCACCUGCCGCCCGAGAUGGUGCGACUGCAGGAGAUAUUCAAGACUUUUUACCUGGGCAAGCAUAGUGGCAGGAAGCUACAGUGGCAAUCAACGUUGGGUCACUGUGUCCUAAAAGCUGAAUUCAAAGAGGGCAAGAAGGAGCUACAGGUGUCCCUUUUUCAAACCCUUGUGCUGCUUAUGUUUAACGAAGGAGAGGAGUUCACUCUGGAGGAGAUCAAACUAGCCACAGGAAUCGAAGACGGCGAGCUGCGCCGGACGCUGCAGUCGCUUGCAUGUGGAAAAGCACGAGUCCUCACCAAAAUCCCAAAAAGUAAAGAUGUGGAGGAUGGGGACAAGUUUUCUUGCAACGAUGACUUUAAACACAAGCUGUUCAGGAUCAAAAUAAACCAGAUUCAGAUGAAAGAGACGGUGGAGGAGCAAGCCAGCACCACGGAGAGGGUCUUUCAGGAUCGCCAGUACCAGAUCGACGCAGCCAUUGUUCGGAUAAUGAAGAUGAGGAAAAGUCUGAGCCAUAAUCUUUUAAUGUCUGAGGUGUACAACCAGCUCAAGUUCCCUGUCAAGCCUGCUGAUCUAAAGAAGAGGAUAGAGUCUCUUAUUGACAGAGACUAUAUGGAACGCGACAAGGAGAACUCCAACCAGUACAACUAUGUAGCCUAAGAAAAGGAAAAGCAAUGCAGUUGGUUCAGUUAGAUGAAAAGGUUUCUGAGUGAUCGGUCUCUAUCUUUUGCUCCUGUGGAUGUUAACCAUUGUCAUCUUCAACUAAACGACCGACGAGUGAGUGGCUACUGCUCCGCAGGGUUUUCGUCAGGGGUCUUGUGAUCCUGUGGACUGCAUGCCCAUUGAAAAGAAUAUUAUCCAUAUUUCUCAGUGCCUCUGAGAGAGUUGGGACAAAGAAGACACACAAUUCAGUUUGCUCUCUUUUAUAAUGGAGAGGAAAAGUAUUUAUUUUCUGACUUAGGUCCUUUGUUCAUAGUUUGACUCAGUAUACUCUGUUAUCUUUUUUCCCCUUGUACAUCUGAUUUCCAAGCUAACGCUGACUCACCUAUCAAUGCUCUAAAUGUAUCACAUGUGUGAGAGGAAAAAAACAGAUCCAAAAUAUUAAACAAAUGCUUGUUUCUUCCUUCAUUGUUGAACGUGCAACUGUUGGGCUAAUCUUUAAAGUUUGGGAAUUAGGUGUUUAGUGUGUGAUCUGCAGUUUGGUUUCAGUUUUAAGGGGCAUGUUGCCUCAUGAUAAAACUGUGAUCAUGAACACAAAUUAUAUUGAAAUCUGAGUUUGUGCCAAAAGGGAGCACACCAUUUGUUUUAGGUUAUGUUCCAGCUGCCACGCUCCUUCAGUGGCUCAAGUAAAUGAGUUCAACAUUCUUGGUUUUUGUUUUUUCCACCUUGUUUUUUAUAGAUUCAACAUGUCAUGUUUUAAAUGACCGACCUGUCAGUCAACUGCUUGGUAGGUUUUGUCAACAUUUAGGUAUUUUGAAGCACAGCUCUAUAAAAAAAAGAGUCCACUGUCAUACUACACAGAUAUUUUUGGUUUGUUUUUAUUCAUGUGGGGCCUGGAGUGGGACUAUCAUUCAACAUGAAGAAAAAUAACUUGACUAGACAUCUCUGUAUGAGUUUGUAAGAGUUAUUGCUUAAAAUUAAAAGAAUUGUUUCA